CAGGUACACUUCUUUCAUUUUCGUGUAGUCGUCGGUGAUCUUGCACACGUACGGGAAGGAGCCUCCUUUAUAUUUCGCAGGUGGAUUCACAGGCCCCAUGUUGUCGAUGACCACAAGCUGUCCAGGCCGUGAUAGCUCGCGAGUCGAUUGCUUCGGGUGGGGGGACUGCUUGUGUUUCGCGAUCUGGCAGACCCCGCACGGGGAGAGAUUGCCGCGAUAGUCCACCCCGGUACCCGCAUCUUUCCGGAGGAUGCUCCGAGCAUUGAGAUGUCCAAGCCUCCUGUGCCAGGUGUCCGCGAUCACGAGCGUAAGACAGACGGCGUUCGCCGUGUGGGUCUGUGACUGCUUCUGGUGGGGCACGAGGGAUUUCGUGCCAGAUGGCUGGACGUUCUGCUCGAACGUGAUGUUGAGGGUGCACAUGCCUAGGGCUCGCGGAUCUUGUGUGAGUGGAAUCACCUUGUCUUGGAUAGUGAGGUGCGGCGUGCUCUCUUCGACGACGCAGCGCAAUCCUCUUUUCGGGAGGGAGGUGGGCGAAAAAAUGUUGCGACCAAGUCCCGGAACGAUGAGUCCCUGAAUCUGCACGCGCAAUUGCUGUCCUCGAUUGUCCUUGACGGUGCAGUGUAGGAUGCCCGCGGCCGUGCCUUUGAGUUUGUAAUCGUGAAGGUUUGCGUCGGGGAUGAGGUGACUGUCAAUCAUGGUCUCCGAUGCUCCCGUGUCUACCUGCAGGCCUACCCCGGUGCAGCUCGCGGCGAAGUUGUGUCCUGAGAUGCGGGAACACGUGCCAAACAUGAAGCCGCUGUCAAAGGCGUCCUCGUCCCGGGUGAAGUCGACAACUGCCACUUCAUUGUUUGAGUCGUGCUUGUUGGACGCCGACGAGCAGUGAGUGCAGUUGGAGCACGCGGUGAAUGCUUUACUUGAGUCCUUGGUGUCUUCCGGGCGCUUUCCUCCUUGCUGGUAGCAUUCCUCGUCCGAGUGAGACGUGGUGUUGUGCUUGGAGCACCACUUGGUAGCUCCGGCGGGCUUCGUUUUCUUCUUCGCCCUGUUCUUGAUCUUGGGACAGUUCCUCCUGAUGUGCCCCGGCUCGUAGCAGCUGUGGCAGAUGAUAUCAGACGCGGUCGUUGCCAUGGCAAAUCCUCGACCAGCUAUGCGUCCCUUCCACUCCUUGCGCGAUUGUUCGUCCAAGAAGAGGUUGCGCAUGGUGGAUUGCAUGUCCAGGACGUUGAAGGUUGGGUCUCUGAACACCAUCAGUUUGACGUCCUUGUAUUCGUCGGAGAAGCCCUGUACGCAGAUGUCCUUGAAGCGGCGGUCGGAGAUGGGUUCUCCCAUCUUAUCCAGCUGGGUGCGAAGUAGGUGCUUCUGGUUGAAGUAGUCGUCGGGAUUUUCACCAGGGUUUAUGGGGUUGUUCUCCAGCUCCUCCAUCUUGGCCCUGAUGACCUCGUCCGUUACCCUUUCAUAGUUGUUGCAGAGCUCCUCGAAGGCAGCUUGUCCGUCGCCGCUGAUGCCAGUGUCGUCUUCGUGCUUCUGUAUCGACAAGGCGGCUGGAAGUUCCACUAGGAGGAAAAGAAUGGCGUAGAGAUCUUCGUUUGCCCUUGUGUAGGAGUCGAAGGCCGCUGUGUCUGCGGGAUCUGGCUUCCUUUGUUUCUUAUGCAGUGGCAGAAUGUCCUUCCUGGUCACACCUAACAUCACGCAGAAUUUAUUCAUCCAUGUCUUGAACUCAGCUGGGUCCUUUCCGUCGAAUUUCUUGAGGCCUUUGAUCACGGUUGCCAGGUUCGUAGAACUAUCGCUGGCGAAAACGCUUCCACCUCCUGUGUUGCUCGUUGCAGUUUCCAUUGCUCGUUCCAGCUUUAUUUUCUUCGUCAUGAUGAAAGUAAGUCCUACUGUAGGAGUAAGUUUGCUCGUGGUACUACUGCCUGUCCCCACCCCGCUCCUGCUACUGAUAUAGAGGACUCCGGUUGUGGUUUUCUUGUUUCCGAUCCCGCUCCUGCGACUGAUAUAGUGGACUCCGGUUGUUGAUCGCCUCCACUGAUGAUACAGUGUAGUUCCUUGUACACCUGAUGCGUAUGCCGCUCGAGACUCCCGCGCACGUGACCCUUGCUGCUAGCUCACCACAGAAAUACCCACUACUGCCGCAGGGGUGGUAACGUGGGUAUACGACGUGAACCCUCAGCACCUUGGUGUAGAUGACCAAGUUUUCGCGUUUGCUUGUGUCGCCGUUGACCGAUGACGGCGUCGCAAUCUCCAGAAAUCUCCGAAACCAGGUUCUCUCGUUGUCCACGGAUGAAGGUUGAUGUCCCGAGAAGCGGUUGCCUUGGUCUUCCCGUGAUGUUCGCAGCUCGUAGUGUGUGCGUUAGCCGAGGCUCAUAACUUGUCAGCGAUAUUUCGCUGUGCAUUAGCAGCAGUACGAUGCUGCAGAUGCCGAUAGGCUGUGAAGCCUACCUCAGAGGUUCACACUCUGUGCGGCUCCAACCGCGAGAGACUUGGAAUGGAAAUAUUAAGAUGUUUUUAUUAAUUGCUGACUCCCGAGUCAGAUGUUGCUGGUACUGAAGAGGAGUGAGAGAGGUGGGUGAGCUUAGGGCUGCACCACUCUUCUCGAAUACCGGACAAAUAAGCCAAUCACACGAAAGAUCCAGAAUGCUUCCAGAAUGAUUUCUGGAAGCCCUGCUACAUUCUGCUGCAACCUAGAUCUAGAACGCUUCCAGAAGCUUACAGAAGGAACCGGAAUUUCCAUAAGGUUUUCAGAAGCUACACACGUUCUNCCUAGAUCUAGAACGCUUCCAGAAGCUUACAGAAGGAACCGGAAUUUCCAGAAGGUUUUCAGAAGCUACACACGUUCUACGUAGAUGUCCCGGCGGUCAACCUUGACCUAGCAUGCGUCCGGAAUAUUUGNUUCAAUUUUUUGGCUCCCGCUCUCAAUCGUAUACUCCGCUCUCAAUCAGGCGAAAACCCUGUUGUAGAUGUCCCGGCGGUCAACCUUGACCUAGCAUGCGUCCGGAAUAUUUCUAGAACAAGAGAAUACAUGCCACGGAGAGAUGGAUUAUUUUCUAGUGCUACGCAGACUAGUUGCUGCGAUCGUAUUCAAAGGUCAAACCGUGUCCGACUACUAGUGGUCUCGACGCACGAUUUUUCCUGACUCCGCGCCAUCUGUGCCGCGUCUCUCUACAAAAUUAGUGACGACAUCACACACAUAACACCUGUAUUCAGGAAAAAACGGAAAAAUAGUCGACAACACAAGAUAUGUUUGUCCGUGCGCCACGGUUCGAUGCCGUCCGCCUGCUCCGGUGCCGCUGAGAUGUUUGUCCGUGCGCCACGGUUCGAUGCCGUCCGCUUGCUCCGGUGCCGCUGCUCCGGUGCCGCUGCUCCGCUGCCGCUGCUCCGGUGCCGCUGCUCCGGUGCCGCUGUGGCCAGUCCUAGCACGACCAAACUCGACCCGCUCCGCUUCGUACAUGCUCUCGUUGCUGUCCUCCCCAGUCGGUUUCUCGCUUUCUCCCUCGUUGCACUUAGGGUUCUUGGUCUGAAGAUUCUCGCGCCGAAGGGUCAACCAACCCAAUCAGCUCGUCACCACCUGUCCCCUCCUCCUUUGAUGGCAAAACCAGGUUACUGAGACAGUACAGCUCCCUCUAGCAAACCUAGGGCCGUGUACACAGUGCCCGUCCACCUUUCUGACGACGUCUGCCUCCGCGCACAAAGAUGAGAUGGGCAUUGCUGCCUACACCGACGGCCUGGAGGCCCGCGC